UUUUGGCUUAUCGUGAAAGUAGUUAGAAUGUCGCUAGAAAAGAAAUUCUUCGUAGCUGCUGACCGUGUGCGGGAGUUCACCAAGAAAAUGUCCAAAGAAGAUUGGUUACUCAUUUAUGGUCUCUAUAAGCAAGCUUCUGAAGGAGACAUCACUCGGGGUGCACCAAGUAUGGGUGACUACCAAGGUCGAGCACAUUUUAUAGCUUGGAAUGAUCUCAAAGGGAUGGAUCAAACACUUGCCAUGAAGAAAUACGUGGAAUGUGUUGAACAAAUAAGCGAGAAAUACAUGUGAUUUUAUACAUACCUACAUAUUAUAAACUUGAUGAAAAUUCUAUUGAAGAACAAAAGUUGAGCUUUUUCCAUCAUGGAUAUUGUGCAAUAGUUCAUUUCCAUGCCACUUUGUUAGCUCAUGCAUAAAAUGGUUGGUUAAAAGUACAGGAAAUUACUACAUAUGUAUAUGGGGGAGUGUAAUAUGUCACCUGAAUGUUUUACGGUUCGUUCUCUAAUGACAAAUAUGCAUCUCCACCACCUCUAGGCAAUAUUGAGUGCUUUUUGUUAAUUCUGCAGCAAUUCUCACUCCUGCACAAAUAUAUUGCUUCACAUACAAAAGUCCCUGCGCAGCAUGUUUGCAAACUAUAUAACACUAAUUCAUUCGAAUUGCAAGCGAAAAAUAAAGCUAAACGUGAAAAUGCAAGCUAAACUCGCUAAGGGGGAAAAGUUGUCAUAAAAUGCAGUUAAUGUUUGCAAAAAAAUUCUCAUUUUCACAUGAGAUUUAAUGCUGAGCAAUAUUACCCGCGAGAGAGUAUGUUAAACUUUAUAAUUUACACAACAUACACCAUUAAAUUGUAACUUGAUAAAAUAAAACAUUUUUGGUGCUAUCCCCCCAUGGGAGCGAUAUAACCGCGCGACACCACUUUUAUUAUAAUCAUAAUAAUUCCAGUGAAAAUUGUCAAUCUUGUUUCAUUUGUUGCAAUAAAGCGGAAAAACUCUGCAUUCCAUAUUGCCUUGCUGUUUGUUGCUGUAUUUGUGGAAGUUAACCACUUUUUGUUUAUUUUUUAUAUCUCCCCCGCAUUUGAUAAUGGAAAUGACUCUUGGAAAAUGAUGAAAAAUUCCACACUACUGUAUGUGGAAAUGGGAAGUGAAGUAAAAUGUUUUAGAGAAAUAUUAUCAGUCGUUUUUUAGUAUAUACAUAUGUACAUAUGUACUGUACAUACAUAGAUACAUACUGCAUGGAGAGCGAGGGUGAGAGAUUGCGCACCCGUGUACAGGGAUGUUCAGAAUAAAUGCUAAAUGC